AUGAGCACCACGCCCGCGCGAUUGUCGCCGAGCGUCGCUAUGGGCAACACACAAUCUGCACUGGAAGGGGAUGCUUCGCGGCCCAAGUUUAAGCGGCACCCCAAGAAGCACACACUUGACAGUGGCGCGCGUGCAAAGGUUACGACUGUCCCCGAGGCGCGGGUGACGGUGCAUCGACCUGGCCAUCUCUACUCGCACAGUAUCGGCGCCAAUGACGAUGGCAGCGAUGCCGGCACCGGCGAAUCUACACCCGAGCAUUCUAGCCGCCGUGAUGGCACAAUGGAUGUAUCUGAAUACAAAGGCGUCGUGCUUGCCGGUGCGAACUAUGCGCGUAUGGCAAACAGCGAAUCCAGUUUUGGCGAUUCCUCUCGCGGCUCCUCGCAGGCCGAUUUUAGCGCGGUGCACAGCGAUGGUACGUAUGAAGAGAGCAAUUUUGAGGAUGUUGCGCGCGAUUUACCUGCGCGCGCCGACAGUCCCACCGCGCCACCGGUCCAAACUGCGUUUCGGUUCCCCCGGAUCGAUCCCGAGACGGCAAACAACACUACCGAGCAUGCGAUCAAGACGCCCAGGGCGAAGGAUGUGAGCUCUAUGCAUACCCCUCGCGGCAGUAUGGCAGACGGCAAUAUAGUGAAGACGCCUCAGCCUGGCGCAGACUCGUUCCCGCGCUUGCAGCACCGCGCAUCGCUGUAUAUUGACGACGAUGCGCUUUUGGGCUCGGUCGACGACAGUUCGGUGGUCCAGCCUGGUGCCGCGCAUGACAGCGACAAGAAGCGCGCUUUGAAAACAUACCCCUCCUUCCUCAAGAUUCCUACUGCGCUACCACGCUUCCACGCACAGCAAGAGGGUAUGCCCUCCGGCGACGGAGUUUCCAACUUGCUGGAUAUCUGGCCGAUGCCCAUGUACAGCGGGAGCGGCACGCUUAGCAGCACAGUGCAUGCACAGCCGCCGCCGAGCUCAGAAACAUCGCCAACGUCGUCGCUCAAGCUGGAGUCGCAACACGACAUUGCGUCGCUUCGUGUCCCCUCUACUCGAAGCACUGGUUCUGACAUACGGCGUGGGCGCGAAACAGAGCGCCUGGAAGCACCGUCCGAAAUGCAGUACCGCCAGGCGCAAAUCGAGCAGGUGCAGAGGGCGCUGGAGCAAGCGGCCCUCUCCGCACCCGAGCCCCAGCAAGAAGCGGCGCAGCGCACGCGGGUGAACCUCAUGUGGCGCGGCAAAGGAAAGCAUGUGUAUGUUACAGGCACGUUUGCCGACGAGUGGCGGAGCAAGAUUCCGCUGCGCCAGCUGCGCCCCAACACGCCCUUCAUCGGCACCCUGUACCUCCCGCCUGGCACGCACCGAUUCAAGUUUAUCGUGGACGACCGCUGGCGCGUUUCUAGAGAUAUGAAUACAGCAUCCGAUGGAGACGGCACGCUGGUCAACUAUGUCGAGAUCUCAAGCUCCGCGCAAAAAGACAAUGCAGACAGCGCGCUGCACAUGUCCAGCUCCAGCUCGAAAUCGAAGCGCGAAUCGAGCGUGGAGAGGAUGAAGCCAGAUACGUCGCGGUUCAACGACCCUGCCUGGGCGAGCGCUAUGGCUGAUCUCAAGAUGCAGCAGCGCACGUCGCGCGACGCGUCGGGCGAGUGGGAUAUGCUUACCGAGGAGCUACCUGGCACGGAAGAGAACCACUGGACUGGUGAGGUGCCGUCCGCCGUCGAGCUCGCGCAAGAGACUGAAGAAGCGCUGCACGAGCACGAAAUGGGUGCAGACGCUGCAGAGCUGCUGCCGUCGCCGCCGCAGCUGCCGCGCCAGCUGGAAAAGGUGAUUUUGAACUCUUCUCCCGCGACUAGCGGGGCAAUUAAUACGAUGGCUACGCUGGUCGACGACAACAGUGUGCUUCCUGCGCCAAAUCACGCCGUCUUGCAUCAUCUCGCCGCGAGCGCGAUCCGGAACGGGGUAUUAGCGAUCGGCACCGUGACGCGGUUCCGACGCAAGUAUGUAACAACGUUGCUUUAUCGACCGGUCUAA